UUAUUCUUAGGAAAGCGACUUGCAAAGUUUCUACAAUUGGUUGAGGCAAUGAUUCUCGACAACGCUCCCAAAAUUAUGCGCAAUUCCAACUAAAGCAAUUUCAAAAAAUCAAGAAUCAUUAAAUUUCGCAGCAUUCAAGAAUCAGAACAGGGCCCUGAUAAACUUCGGUGGGUUUUCGGAGCUGGGGAAGAAAUUCUUGAAAAAUUGGGGGAAAUUUGAAAAUUAGAAUGGACGAUUAUACGAGAGAAAUGAUGGAUUUAAAAACCCUGGUUACUCGUACAUUGGAGAAGAAAGGCGUUCUCGCCAAGAUCCGUGCUGAGCUUAGAGCUAGUGUGUUUGAAGCAAUCGAAGAAGAGGAUAAAGUAAUUGAGAAAGAAGACGGUUUGCCUCCUGCACUAUUGGGUAGCUGCAACGAUCGUGCCAAGCAGCUGCACAACUCGCCCUCGGGGAGGCUUCUAACUGCCUUAAUAUGUGAAUAUCUCGAUUGGUCCCAAUUAAACCACACAUUAAAAGUCUACUUGCCAGAGAGUAAUUUGCCAAAAGAGUCCUGGAAAUCCGAGUUAAAAGAUUUCAGCAGCAAGAACGCUUAUGACCUUAAUCGGAAUGGAGACAGUGGGCCUUUGCUUUUGGACGUUCUUGAGGGGUUCUUGAAGUUCGAGAAUCUGUCUCAAGGAAGAGGCGGCAACAGGAGAUCGUCCAUUGCAGAUUCUGAACCUCUAUCAAACUUGGAAGCACGCAAUGUUAGGAGACCUUCACCACCAACAGUUGCUGGGGGUAUACCUCAACUGGGAAGGCCUAAUGCUGUUUCACAAUCAUCUGAUCGAAGAACUGGAUCAUCUGGGUCAGGCUACAGAAGAGAUGAAUAUAAUUGGAGGUAUGAAAAUGAUGAACAUUCUGAAGAUGUCAUCCGUGCUUCUGCUGCAUUAGAAAAUCUGCAAUUGGAGAGAAAUGCUCGUCGUGGGACCACAUCUUGGAGGCGUGCUGGAGAUGAGAUAUCCGAAGAAGAUAGCACUGGAUAGACGUAAUUUAUGUGGAUAUGGUGGUCCUCAUUCAUUUUAGCCUUGCAACAGCACUGAUUUCAUGUAAGGUCAAAUCUGCCCCUUUGCAUUUUACAUUUGAAUCAUUAAGUUAAGGCUUCUUCUGUCAUCUCCUUGUUCUUGUUCACACCUUAUCUUGGUUAGUCUCUACUUAUAUCCAUUUUCUCAGUUUUAUCAUAUCCUAGUCCGAAAAUGGUUUCCCUAUAGGGUUGUAAAGAUUGACAACUUGGCAUUGUUUUCAAAGUCUACAUGUUUUAGGGUUAUAUUUUUCUUGUUUGCACCGAUGAAGUUACUACCUCUGUUUCUUUAAAAGUUGUUUGUGUAUGUGACCAUAGAAUUCGACCAACGUUGGUAUAAUGUAAUAAACAUCGGUAGAUACGUCGUGUUGUGGUUAGAUACUAUGUUCAAUGGUAGCUUUGUAAUCUCGACUUGGUAGUAGAUUUUUUUCACAUUUUCAGUUAA